AUGGAGAAACAUCCUCAGGCACUUCGGUUAUGUGCGUUGAUAUGCAUCACUUUUUCUUCCCUUUUACAUAUCGUUGAACCUCAGGACCAAAAAGGAUUCAUCAGCUUGGAUUGUGGCUCACCACCUAACGAGCCUCCUUACAGCGACGUUCAAACCGGACUAACAUUCUCAACGGACAACGGUUUCGUGGAAACUGGCAAAACCGGAAAAGUCCAAAAGGAGAUCGAGUCGGUCUUCCCUAAACCGGUUUGGAAUCUCAGGUACUUCCCAGAUGGAAUCAGAAACUGCUAUACCUUGGACGUCACGCAAGGCACAAAAUAUCUUAUCAGAGCUUUAUUCGUGUACGGUAAUUACGAUGGUCUUAACGAAUACCCGAGUUUCGACCUCUACCUUGGUCCAAAUAUUUUAGAAACGAUUGAUUUGAUUAAGACAGGAAUAAGUUAUCCUAUGAUUAAUACGUUAGAGCUACGACCAUUACAGAACAAUAGUACUUACAAUACUCAGAGCGGCUCUCUGAGGCAUUUCCGACGGAAUUAUUUCAGCACUGCAAGCCGUACCGUAAGGUAUCAGUCAUCAUGCAUGCUCUUAUGA